GUAUCAGUGAUCGGCAGUGCCAUCCAGAAGGCAGUAGGUUACGGGUUCUAACGUGGUGAAAUUUAGGGAGCCCUUAUUGGUGCGAUCGGUGAAAAAGGAAAACGUGUGAGGGGGUAGAGGGUACACGAUAGUAGGUGCACGAUACUCGCGAGUGUCGGGAGAUCUAGUGCCGAGCCAUCAUGGCGAAUCCACGAAAGUUCAGUGACAAGAUCGCGCUACACAAACAGAAGGAAGCGCAGGAAAGAGCGGCGUUCGAGGCGAUCAUGCGAGAAGUUUCGGAUGUCACAAGCAGAGUAAGGAAAUCCCAGUCGCCUCGGCGAGCAGCUCGGUGUGUGCCAGUCCCACGGGAUCCGGGGUACUGGAGACUCCGCUGUCCGUGAAGAGUGCCGGCGCCAGUCCACCUCAGUCCAGCGGCAAACACCUGCACAUUAACCUGGGAAAUCAGUUCAGGGCGGGUGGCUCUCUGCCGAAUGUUAACAACAACGCGAAUUGCGGCAAUGACGCGAAAGAACACGCAUCGCCGCACAACGCCGCUAUCCACUCGAUCGACCUUAAGACAGCGCUCAGCAAUUUGGAGGAGAUGCAGCACAAUUCCAUGGUGUAUCGUAACAACGAGAGGGGUAGGAGCAUGGGAGUUGGACCGAUGCGACCUCGUCCGAUGGAAAAAAGGCACGAUACCUCACCGUACAGCGGUGUUCCGUAUCUUUCACCACCGCCACCGGACACAUGGAGGAGAACGAAUUCAGACUCGGCUCUGCAUCAAAGCGCCAACGAAGCCUGCCAGUCAAACACCACCAUCCCCCAUCGGCGAGAUCAGCAUACCAUAACCGGAUCCGGGAGCGACAACAGGGACCUGCAUUACGGAUUCAUCGAACGGCCAAGAUCAUCCUGUGAAAUACCUCGAGUGCCUGGAAGCAACAUAGAUCCGAGCUCUCAGCCACCAGGACAGCAAAUUCCCAUAGGCAACACGCGAUCGUUGCCCGACCUGGUCCACUUCCCGUCGGAUCAAGAGGAUCACUCGAGCAGUACACCAUUCAGCAACAGUCGUGAAACGAGCAGUCCCACAAAUCUGUCGCCGACCAGCUUACCCCAAGCUGGGAGGCUAUCCUUUUCGCAGGAUCAGACCAGCGCCCAAGGUGUGGCGCUAGAAAACAGCACAAGUACUUCGCAACAGGAUCUUCAGAGUUAUUCGCAACAACCGGUGCCUCAGCCACCGACGGCGACGUCCCACAGUCCAACUGGUCACUACAUUUAUCAGCAACCGCACAGUCCUGUGCCACCGCAAAGUCCAAAGUCGUCGCAGACACAGCAACCGCAGCUCAACUCCUUAGGCUCGUACAGAUCCUCGCAGCAGGUGAAUAGGCCGUCGCCUCAAUCGUCACCCGGACUAACGAUUCAAGGCAGCCCAUUGAGUUACAGUAAUAAUCCAUCGGCGCCUCCUAGUCCCACGGGUCAUCCAGGUCCACCGAACUUAACGUCAGAGAACAUCGACCAAAACAAUUACUUCCUGAACCAGGCACAGGCAGCGGCGCUUCAGCAGGACUUCGAGCAGUUCACGAUGGAUUGGCCGAAAUUCGCGCAGCAGCUCAUGGAACUUGGUUGCACCUGGAACCCGCAGAUAGAGAUGGACACGCCCGUGCCGACCAACAUGAUUGGAACGUAUAUCGGUUCGCCGAAUCACACCACGAAUUACACACAGAACGACACGAUGAAUGUGGGAGGUGAGUUGGGCAGCGCAGAUGCCGGGUACUUCAGCACGAGUCCCCAAAUGCCGUAUCAACCUAACACAACGACCACUACUAGCAACAACAGCACCACCACCCAGCAACUCACGCCUCAGACACCGAACACCCCAACGAUCAUUCUCACUGACUUCUCCGGGGCAGACGAUCUUACGAAUCCAGAAUUCGUAAAAGAUCUCGGGACGGCGAUGAUGGGCGACUUCGACCCAGAUCUUUUUCCAUCGGACGACGCUUUGAGACAGGGUCUCGAUCCCAUCGACAUGGAUGGUCUACAAAUGCUCACCGACCCGACGAUGGUUAUAUCCGAUCCCAGCGCCGAAGCCCAUUUUAGGCGGGAUCGACUUUAAGGCGAGACAUUUUACUCAUUUUCGAUUAUGCGCUGACUAUAUUACGUAGGAAGAUUUAUCUGUCCUGGUGUCGCGAUUUAUUCUUGGGACACUUUGACAAAUGGGACGAGUCUUGUUCGCGGCCGUCGAUGCGCUUCCAACGGGAAAUCGUAUUUCUACGAACGGAGCAAUCGCUACCACCGCCAUAUCUUCGUCAUCGACGUCGGAAAAAAGGAAAACGAGAACAUCGUAAAUCGAUUAAAAAUAAUCGGUGGGAACGCGAUCAACGAAUUAAUUAUGCGAUUCGUUCGAUCUUUCUCCGUCGAAAAUGCUGUAAUAUCGAAGACGAAAGCAACGAGAAAUUACGAUCGUACGUCACGAAGGCGAACAAUCGGCCAGAAAACGUGUUCGCGUUGGAAUCGACCAAGCGACACUGUUGUCCCGUUCGUGAUAAACCGUUAAUUGAGGAUUAAGUAAUACAAAUCUUUAUUAAUCCUUUUUUUAUUUUAUACUACUUUGUACAUUGUAUCAUGUAUGAUCUCUAAGAAGCACAAAACAAAAUGUCUACUGAUUUAUACAUGCUUUUAUCAUAUACGAUCCUAGUAAGGUAAAAAAGAAAGAUACUACUGUUUAGGUGAAAAUUAACGUUUAGCGAAAAUGAUAAAAGAAAAAAGAAAAAUAAGAAAAAAAAAAUACAGAAUAUGGGUUGGUUAUGCUCCUCAUCGACGUACGGGGAGUACUUAACGGGGAAGAAGCUAUCAAGCAUGUGAAACGCAUAAAGACAUAGACAGUGGAGAGAGGAGGGAGACACCCCUCGGUGAUAUCUCGCCGAAAACGAUCGAGCAUUUGAACACUUUACUCUCUAUCCUUUCCUUCGUUGUGCACUCGCGCUCGAUUCAGCGUUCACCUACAUUUCGAGUUUCCUUUCCCGAACCGCUAACCGAUCGAUUUCGCCGAAUCGUUGAACAAAGACGAUUCGUUGGUUUCCACUUUGUACGUUCGAAUUCGAACUUAGCGAGUUCAAUUCGAUUCUGUAUCAUUUUCUUCGUUCGCAGUGUCGCUUCGCGCGGUAGACGUUAAACGAAGAGAAAAGUAAAGGUAAUUACUACAAAAGAAUGGAAAUGAGAAAGAAGAGAAGAGAAGAGAAGCAAAGAGAGAAACGAACAAAAGGUAGGAAGAAGGAAAUAAAACCGCAGAGACGAGUGUACCUUCGGCGGUCGUCAAUUGUUUUUUGAAAGUAAUACGCUGUACUUUGUAUACACGUAAAAUAUUUAAAUUGGAUGCCAGCGGCCGCGCUUGUCGCGUUAGACUUAUUCGACUACUAUAAUAAUUGAGAAAAUAAAAAAAAUAAAACGACGCUUAUAUCUGUAUACAGUGUACGUAGUGAUAAUCGACCUUUUUCGAGCGUCAUUCGCUCUUUGAUUAUAUAAGCGUGCAAGAGGAACGACCGAACGAAAACGAAAAGCGCGUCCACGCAGCAAAUCUUAGACUACGACACAUCCGAAAGUGUUAACAGGACUAUCCGCAAACUAUUCGAAUCACUCAGAUGUUUUGUACCUUAGAAUUUUAUUCAAUCACGCAUUAUAUCGUAUAAUUGUAUAUUGUUAAACAUUCGUCGUACGUGUUAAAUAACGAUAAAAAUGUAAAAAAAGAGAGCGAAGAUGAAAACGAACACUUUACAGCGACCGCUUUAUAGCCGUUCAAGUACAAAAAGGAGGAGCGCACCGUAAAGAUAUUGGCUCUAGCGGAGGCCGCGUUCGCACCUAUCGAAUCGAUUCGUACGCUCGCGGCGCUACGACCAUACUAGAAAUCGGUCGAGUAAUUCGUUUAUUCGAGGCAAACGGAGAGGUUGAUCGGUCGAGACGCUCGCUCGAGCGCGAACGAAUGGCGCGUGAUCGAAAGCCUGACACGUUUGUCGAAACUUUUUAAUAGAGUUCUAUUGAAAUUGAAUUUCGCAGAAAGUUACUCUAACGCUUGUUGACAAUUUUCCAGAGUUUACGGCCGGCUUUAUUUCCACGCAACGCUCCCGAUCCACGCUGUGUCGCCGUUGUUUCAGGUUCUGUACCGGUUCUCGCUAUACAGUCCCUGUACUGUACCGAGUAUACUGCCUGUUAUCGUGCCUAAGCACAACAUCCGAUCGUUUCCAAGUUAAUCAGUAACACGCGAAACUGGCGACAGGCUUGUGCAUCGAUCGGGCGUGAUAUCCUCGUAAACAACAUUACAAAUCAUUGAAUGAAUGGUCGUGGUCGAUUUCGAGCGAUGGUUAGUUAUUAACGCAGAUAUCCUUAGUCUCGAUAUCAUCGAUUAAUCUUCAUCGUCUAUUCUGCGGUCCCGAUAAAUAACAUAUUUAUUCGCACCUGUUCGUGUGACUCGUGUAUUAAUCGUAAACUUCAAAAUACGUCGUGGAAUAACGUAAUUAUAGGGUCUUUGAUGGAUGAACUUCCGCUUCGCGAACGAAUUCUUUAACAUUGUAGAAAUUAAUGCAGAUACGGCUGAAUUCUUUUCGUAGCAUCUUUUUAAAUUAGUCACAUUUUCUCUUCGUUUGAAGCUUAAAUCGAAUACGAUGAAUACAUUUUUGUACUAUUCUUGGCUACUUUUUAUAAAUGGAUUUACCCAUUCUAAACGUUUUCGGGUAAUAUUGUAAAAAUCGCGAAAUGUAAUAAAAAUACAUUGCAGUCGCCGUUUUGCAAGCUUGAUUGGCAUAUCUAAGUUAUCCCUUGAAAACUAUGAUUAUAAAAGAACGUCUGAAAUGACUGGAAUGGCUGAAAUUCCAGCGCAAUACAUAGUUUAGAAAUCAAUAACGUUAAACACAACAAACAUGGUUUUUAUUAUUGUCACGUUCGAUAUCGAGCGAAUAUGUUCAACACCGUAAUUCAAUAUUAUAUUGAGAUAGCUAUGUUACUGAUAAUUACAAAUAACGUUGUUCGUUGCGUUACUAUGAAACGAUAAUGUUAAAAUAUACUCGAGGGAUAAAAUUUCACUCUUUUGAUCAUAGUUUUCGAGGGUUGCGAUUAAACGAUGAGAAUUUGUACCCUUGGAAAUUUUGAUAAAAUUUUAUUCAACGAUAACGAAAAACCCGAUUCGUAGGAAAGCGCGUAGAAAUUAAAAAUUAGUAUCGUAAACCUGUGCGUAAGAGUUUCGCGCUUAGCAACGAUUUUUGCUACAUCGUAGCUGAAAGUUCAAGGGCGAUCAAAGGAAUCAGCUUACACGAGUCGUAAGGGAAAUGUUGUGUAUUUAAAAAAAACCUGUUGCAAUUUGUAACCUGGUCCAGGUGAACGAUCGAUAAAGAUAGAAAGAAAGGGAGGAACUUCCCUUCGAUUCGUUCACUUUUGCCACGAGAAAGUCUCGUUUCCGCGAGAUGGUGCCAAAGCGCGUAGAUAUUUGUCGCCCCAUUUUAUAGAUUGUAAGAUCGUUCUGAUCGAUUGGUGGGAACGUACAACGUAAACGAGCAACGUAACGAUCCCCGACGAUCGUCCGAACACCUGUACAAACCACCCUAGAUCCGAGUCAACCACGUCAAUUUUGGUGCCGCCUAGGUCGAACGAUCUACGACGCGCACUCUUUUCCACCGUACGCGACUCUUUAGUUUUUCUAAGUCGCAGUACCUAAAGCGUGCGAUCGACGAUUCGCGCGAGUUCCGCUUCGACUCGCCACAAUGUCGUACUAGCGAGUCAAAUUGUCAACGUGAUCGCAGUAAACAGCUCGUUAUCGAUAAGAUCAAGGUCCGAUACCGAAAGGUCGAGGGAUAUGCGCCGAUAUAAGAAAGAAAGCGAACGUAACGGAUACAUUUGGUGGAAUUGUUGCGGUGUGCGUCGAGUCCUGAAGGAUGUCGUACCGUACUUGAAGGAAUCAACGAAUUCACGUAACAAAAUCUCCUCGGUAUCGGGAAAUUCGUGAAUGGCCGGCGACUCGACUCACUCUGAAUCUUAUUUCGUUGAGAAUUUCCAUAGUCUAUGAAUCUAGAUAGCUAGACAAAUGCAGCGAUCGAAUGAAAAUUUCCGGUUUCGAGGAGCAGUUAACGCUCGACGACGCGAGGAAUUAUUUUGUUUGUUGAUAUUUAACAGAGACCUGCGUGAUAUUUCAGGGCAUUUUCUCUUUUCCUCCUUUGCUUUAAUCCUUCUUCUCCACUUUCUUCUCUCAACGUACAUACGCGUACGAAUGAAAAAGAAUACGCGUAAAAUAUACCACGAUCGCACUCCUUGCUCUCUUUCUCCUUUUCCAACUGUUUCUCUUCCGCCCACACACCACACGCGCGCGCACACACACACACACACACACACACCCUGCCCUCCUCCCC